AUGGCACCACUCCAGUCAAUCCCUAAAUCACCGCAAUAUCUCAAUUCAUACCCCUCGAUAUUCCGCUCAUCAUCAACAUCCUCAAAUGGCACAUACCAUCUUGCCACCUCUGGGGACUACACACGCGUAUACCGACGGUCCGUCUCGCCAAGCACGCCCGACUUGCGUGCAUACGGCUACCAGAAUGAGAACGGAUCAUGGACAUGCGCCUACCCAGGCUGUGCAUCCAAAGCGGUGUUCACACGAGGAUGUGACCUACGGAAACAUCACAAACGACACACGAAAGGUUACUUCUGCUCUCAUGAGAGUUGUCUGCAGAGUACGGGAGGCGGGUUCUCGAGAAAGACGGAUCUAGCCAGGCAUAUGGCAAGUCAUCAGCCCAGUAUUGUUUGUGAGUGGGAUGGGUGCGAGAGGGUUUUCAGUAGAGUGGAUAGCAUGGUAUGUGGAGCGAUCGUUGUUUCUUGGAACGUUGCUAACGAGUUUUUUAGAGGGUUCACGUUAAGAGGAUACACUUGAAGAGUAUUCGUGGAGAGGUACGAAACCGAGUCAACUCUGCCUAAGCUUUGAAUUGAGCAGGCCGCUUGC